UCAUGAUGCUGGGACUGGGUGAGCCAUACGAAAGUGAUGAGUUGUGGGGGUGACAAUAGCGAAUUGCAUGCUUUCCGCCACGGUGAAAGUCGCCUAUAGCAGUCCCAGACUGCAACUGUUGGGACUAGCAAGUGUGAGGCACCUGUGUACGGUUGAAGGCAUGGCGAUGGAUUCGCAGCGUGGUGUUAAGAUGUCUAUCAGGAGCAUUUUAGGGUUCGACUAUAGCAGCUGUCGAUAAUGGACGUGGCUCGGAGGAAGCCGUUACAGCAGCCAGCCAUGGGGAAGGACCCUCCGCCUCCGCCGCACGCCACUGCGCCGCAGUCCGAGCUCCCAUCCCUCCCCCCUCCCCCGCACGCGUGGGCCCGAACCAAGUCAUUCCAGCAGCAGCAGGACUCGUCGGGGAGCGGUGGCAGCGGCGAGGGGGGCCGAGGCUUUAAGUCAUGGUACAACACCAAGGGCGGCCUGCCGUUGCAGGUCGGCUCGGCGGACGAGGAAGCGGACAAGACGACGGGGGGGCGGGUUGGGAGUGGCAGUGAGAAGAGAGCAGCGCAGAGCCAGCAGGGCCAGCAGGCGCAGCAGGGGCAGCAGAGCCAGCAAUCGGAGGCUUUGAAGACGCAUUUACCAACCUCCAUGCAGCCGCACCCGCCGGCGCAGUCGCGCCCGCAGAGCCUGUUCCGCAAGCCGCCUCCGCUCCUGGUACCCGCGGGUGGGGAAACCAAGCCGGGGGGGAGCAGCGGCAGCGGCGGGGGGGCGGGGGGGGACGCGCGAGUGAGCGGAGCGGGGCAGGCGCCGGCGGGGAGCGAGUCUCGCAUGAAAGGAGUGGCGUCUGUGUUCAAGAAAGGUAUGUGGAAGUUCGGGGGACUGCGACGGGAGAAAGAUAGCACCGCCACUAGCAGUGCCGCCACCAGCAGUAGCAGCAGCAGCAAGGCGGCGGCGGAAGCACCGGCGGCAAGCCCGAAGCACUUCUACUCGGGCCCCUUCCCCUUCCCCGCGGACCGGCGCAAGACCACAGAGGCGCGGAGGUCGCAGCUGCGGCAGGGGUUAGCGCCGCUUCAAGGACUCGGAUCGCCGCCGUCUUCAUCUCUCGCGGCGUCGGUAACGUCGGACACUCACAGCACGGAGAGCGACGGUGUUACCAGCGGGUUGAAUUCGCACGCGGGGGCGGCGAACGAGGUGAUGUCGCCGCUGCCGCCGCACGUAAAGUCGCCGCUGGUAGGGGACAAGGCGAAGAAGAAAGGGUUCUUAGACUGGGACUUGCUUUCUCCCACCACUGGCGGGCUGCUCGGCAGUAAGCGCUUCGCCCGUGAUUCCCGCGGCGCAAAGGCAACCCCGUCGGCGCAGCUGCAGCAGCAGCAGGGUGCGGCAGUGGCGGCGGCGGCGCGAUUGAGUAGCAGUGCCAGCGGCCGGCACGGAGAAUCGCUGGGGGCGCAAGCGCGGGCGGUUAGCAGCGGUGCUGUUAGCGGGCCGAUAACGCCCGCGAUGAUGGCGGGACGGCUGGGCAACAAGGGCGCAGGCAACGCGCCUGCUGACGACAAGUCCCUCGAUAUCAGCUUCCUGCGCCUGCGCCAGGUGGAGUCGCGCUUAUCCGCGCACUUCCCCACCACUCCGCCGUCCGCGUCAGCCGCGGAAAAGCACCCCCUCCCCUCCCCCACUCCCCCGCCCGCGGGGCGCGGAGACACCCCCCAGCGUCCGCAGACGCCGGAAGAUCCCGGUGGGCCGGAUUCCGCGCGCAAUCGAAUCCGAGUGAAGGGCUCCAGCAUGAAGGCGGAGGACGACUCGCCCUCGUUACAGUCACGCGCGGCGGGCGCUGCCGCUGCGGAUUUCGGCGAGUGUGGGGGCGCAACUGGGGGCAGCGCGCGCGGAGGCGGAGUAUUGGGGGAGGGCGGGGAGAAGUCCGGGCGCGGAGGCGGGGCUGGUUCCGCAGCGGGAGCGGGAGACACGAUGAUCGAGGUGGAAGUGGAGGAAAUAGGCGAGGGAGGGGAGAUUAAGACUAAGACCAUCCCGGCGCGGCUGUUAGAGGCGACGGUGGUGCGGCAGGGCGCGUCGGGAAGAACGGUAUCGGGUCGCAUUAUGUUGGAGACGGGCGAGGUGAUGGUGGUGCAGGUGGAGGAGGACGACGGGCCGCUCUCCCUCGCGCUGCAGGCCGCGCUGCCGCCUGCUUCUAAAGGGGAUAGGGACCGGGUGGGAGACAGAGACAGGGAUAGGGAUAGGGAUAGGGAUAGAGACAGGGAUAAGGAUAGGGAUAGGGAGAGGGAGCGGGAGCGGAGGGACAAGGGGAGCUUCCGUGGCGGGGACGGCGCGGAUAGACCGAGGUCCAGGAGCGGGCGGACAGGGGAGGCGGGCGCGGAAGGGGAGAUGCGUCCGCGCUCGCGGUCGAGAGGGGGGGAGUCCGCGCACGAGCACGCGCACCAUAAGCACGCGCAUGGGCAACACGGGGAGGACGACUCGCGCCCGCGGUCACGGUCUGGCAGAGGGGAGGGCGCGGAGGGGGAAGCGGGGGAGGCGCGAGCGCGGUCGCGGCAUAGCAAGGGGUCGGAGGGGCGGCGGUCGCGGAGCUUCCGCGUAGACGGCGCGGAGGAGGGGGAGAACGGGCGGCCUAGAUCUAGAAGCGGGCGGGGAGAGGAGUGGGCUGGGGAGGGGGAAGGGAAAGCAAGGGGCAGAAGCAAGGAGGUAGCGGAGGGGGGGGAAGGCGCUAUAGAACCAGCGGGCCAAGGUUUAGGAGGGGGAGAAGGGGCAGCAGCAGCGUUGGCGGGCACCCCUACGCCACGUCAGCGGCGAUUGGGGCGCACGAGGUCGCGCGCACUGGAGGAUGCCGUGAAGGCCGCAUCUAGCACGGGCGCGGAAGCAGGCAGCACCACUCCGCGCGCCCUUAUCUCUGGCUCUUCCCCCGGCGCCCCCCUCUCCCCGCUUGACAUGGCGCAGCUGCGCUCAGACGACGCGGCGCUCACGCCAGGGGCGCGCGGAGGGGGUUCCGCCAGUGUCACUCCGCGCAGCAGGAUGACUGGCACUCCCACUAGGGGACCGGGGGCGGGGGAAGGCGCCGCUGGCGCGCUGGAGUCCCCCGGAGGCGCUGCAGCGAGCCCCGCGGGGGAGAGGCAGAGGCGCAUGCGGGAGAGGAGGCGGACGCGGUCGCGGUCGGGCAUGGAGGAGCUGCUGCAGGCGGUCGAGGGUGCGGGGGGGGCGGGGGAUGCGCGCACCCCUGUGAGCCCCUAUCGCGGGAAGUCUUUUGGGAGGAGCGAGGGUGGAGAGAGGAGGGAGAGGCGGAGGGAGAAGGGCAGGGAGGGGGUGUCCCCCCGGGAGAAGGGGGGCGCAGUAUCAGCGGGGGCGGAGGGUGAUUCGGGUACGGCGCAGGUCAGACACGCAACGCCGCCCCCUAGUCGGCCGGUGGGGGAGCGGAGCUACAGUAGAAGCAGGUCAAGGCGAGUUGCGGAGGAGGGAGGAAAGGCGGCAGGGGAGGAAGGUGGCGCGGGGGGGAAAGGUAAACCCGCCAGGUCGCCGAUAGGGGGGAGGGGAGGGAGGAGGAGGAGGAGCAUUUCCCGGGCAGGCGAGGAGUUCGGACCAAUCACGCCCCCGGCUGGCACACCCACUGCCGUCACUCCCACUGCCGUGACCCCUACUGGCGCGUCCCCCACUACAGUAGCGCUUGUGGGGUUUGCCCCCCCGUCCCCGCACGCAGGGGAAGGGGUGAGCGCAGAAAGCAGGGGCAGAGGCGGAGUGGAGGGCGCGGUAGCGGAUAUCUUUGAGGGGUUUCAGGUUGGUGCUAUGGUAGACAGAGUAGUGGAGCGGCUGCAGGAGCAGGGGGAGAAGCGCAGGGAGAAAGAGGGGCGGCGGGGCGGGAAGGAGGAGAGGGGGACGGUGCGGAAAGUGCGCAAGGACGAAUGGGCGCGGAUCAAGGAGCGGGAGAAGGGCGCGGGGAAGAGCGGACGGGCGGGGGAGAAAGGGGAGAGGGAGGAGAGGGGGAAGCGGGGCGAGGAGGAGGGGAUGGGGCUGGUGGAUGAAGGGGUGGGAAGGAGCCGGAUGGAUGAGGAGGCGGAGGGCAAGGCAGAGGUGGCUGGUGCGCUCGGGACGCAGGGAGACAACUCGGAGGGAGGUAGGGAUGGAGAGGCAGGGCAUGAGGCGCGAGUGAGGGGUGCAGGAGGGGAAGGCACGGAGGCAGCAGAGGCAGGAGGCAAGGAGCAAGCAGAGAUGGGAGAGCAGGUGCAACAGCAGCAGCAGCUGGUGCUCAACUCAGCAGCACCCGGUGCUCCAGUCACCACAGCAGCAGCUGCCGUUGCUCCUCCUGCUGCUGCUACUGCCCCCCUUGCAGGCCCCCCUGCAACGGUGCCUGUGGUAUCGCUGGCGGGGGUGGGCGCAGUGGAUGAGGAGGAGCGCAAGGUGCUGCAACUCAAGGGGUUAGUGGCCCCCCCAGCCCUUUCUCUCUCCCCGCAUGCCACCUCCCCUGGCUCCGCCCGUCUCAUUUCCCCCACUGGAGCAACCUCACACACCACCUCCCCGCAUGUCACCUCCCCUGGUUCCGCCCGCCUCAUCUCCCCUACUUCUGCUAGCAUCGUCUCCCCCACUGCUGCUGCUGCUUCAGGUGCCGCUUCAGGUGCCGCUUCAGGUGCUGCGUCCCCCUCGAGCCAGCCAUCCCCAGGCUCUCUGCGUGCGGGGCUCUUCUCGUCUGCAGCAGGUGCCGCAGCGGCAGUGGGAGGGGGCGUGCUCAGAGUGCUCACUACCAGCAAGUGGCGCGGCGGCAGCGGUGGCAGCCCCGGCAGCAGCAGCACCACCACGACUGCAACAGCUCAGCAAGCAGACCCCACUACGGACCCUGAUGCCGCUAUCAGGGACCAGGCAGCCGCUGCUGCUGCUGCGUUUGCUGCCGCGGGCAGCAGCGGGCAGGGAAGCGGGCACCAGGGAGAGGGAGAGGCAGCAGCAACAGCAGCAGGGGGAGGCGGGGGCGCAGGAGAGGCGCGGACGGCCGUGGGGAAGUCGAUAGUGCAGAGCCGGCUGGCGCAGGCUCGGCGGUGCGUCACAGUGGGCGAGUUGGACGUGAGUAACCGGCUGGCAGCGCGCAAGAAAGGGCAGUGGGGGCGGUCGGGGCCGGGCAGCGGCAAGGAGAGGGAGGGCGAUGUGAUGAGCCCGUGGGACCGGCUUAAAGAUGCGCGCAAGCUGAUGCCACUGGGGAGCUUCCGGGAGAGGGACGCGGAGGGCGAGGAGGAGGGGGGCGGGCAUGCGGGGGCGAGGGUGCGGCUGGCGGAGCAGGGCAGGGCCGUAUCCGAUGGGGCCAUGCUGGUGGUGGCCGCACAGGCGGCUGCUGCUGUGCAUGGGGAUGGGCGUGGGGAUGCGGAUGGGGUUGCUGCUGCUGGUGGUGGGACCUCUACGGCAGGUGUGGGUGACGAUGCUGCUGCGGUUGUGGCCAUGGAGGUUGACUCAACAACUGCUGGCGAUGGGAGGAAGGGCGCGGAAGAGAGCAACGGCGUUGUGGGAGUAGGCGAGGGGGAGGGGGUGGUGGUGGGGAUGGUAGUGGAUGGGGGGGAGGAGAGAGGGGAGGCGAAGGCAGAGGAGGGAGUGAGGGGAGUAGGAGGUGUCGCAGGUGCGAGGGAUGUGGAGAUGAGAGAGGAGGGUGACAAGGGGGAGACAGAGGGGGGGGGAGAAACGGAUGGGCAGAGAGAAAGAGGGGGCUCAGACAGUAAAAGCGAGGAGGAGAGCAGGGAGCGAGCUAGGUUGGAGGAGGAGAGAAGAGAGGAGGAAGUUAGGAUGCAAGCGAGGGUUGAAGCAGAGAGACUAGAAAGAGAGAGACUUCAAAGAGAGAGAGAAGAAAGAGAGAGACUAGAAUUGUUGAAGGAGGAGGAUGCACGAAGGGAGAGAGAGAGGGUUGAAGAAGAGCGAAGGGUCCAAGAGGAGCAAAGAAUAGAAAGGGAGAGAGAGGAGGAGGAGAGAAGGGAAAGGGAGAGACAGGAAGAACGGAGAAGGUUGGUGGAGAGGGAGGAGGAGGAGCGAAGGGUAAAGGAGAGGGAGGAGGAGGAGCGAAGGGUAAGGGAGAAAGAGGAGGAGGAAAGAAAGGAAAGGGAAAGGGAGGAGGAAGAGGAAGCGAGGAGGGAAAUGGAGAAAAAGGAGGCAGAGAGAAUGGAAAAGGAGAGAGAGGAGGAGGAGGAGAGAAUGAGAGACGAUAGAGAGGAAGGGGAGCGAUGGGAGGAGCAGCUCGAGGAGGAGGAGAGGCAGGUGGAAAGCGGGAGAGGAUUCGAGGAGGGGCGAGAGAAUGAGGCGAGCAGAGGUGGGGGGGUGCGGGCGAAGGAGAAGCGGCAGCAGGAGCAGCUGCUGCUGCAGUUCCUGGACGAGGAGUGCCGGCGCGAGGAGGGGUGGCGCGGCCGCACGGGGCGAGGGGGACCACAGGGGAGUAAUGCUGGGGAUGGCGACAGCGAUGGUGAGGAAAGGGGGGUGAGAGAGAGUGCGGAGGUAGGGGAUCUGUAUGCAACAGAGUGGGAAUCGGUGGAGAGCGUGGAAGAGGAGGGAGGCAGGGACGGGGAAGGGGAGGAGGGGAAUGAGGAGGAGGGGAGAGAAGGGGCUGCUGCACGGAAUGAUGCAGCAGCCGCGGCGGUGGCGGUGGGAGUGGGGGAGGAGGGUGUGUGUGGCGAGGAGAGUGGUAUGGACAUGGAGGUUGGAGGGGGAGGAAGGGGGGGUGAGGUGAUGACGGGUGAUGGAGAAUUGGCGAUUGCAGGGAGAGGGGAGAUAGACCGGGCGGAAUGGGAGGAGGAGGGGGCGGGGGAGGGGGAGUGGGAGGCUGGUGAUUUCGAGGGCGGUUACCGCAGAGAGGAGGGAGGGGAAAGAGGGGAAGGAGAGGAGGGAGAGGAGGGAUAUGAUGUGGUGGUUGAGAGGGACGGAGGUGUGACAGUUGGGGGAGAGGGGAAGGAGAAGGGGCGGCGCAGACUGGAGGUGACGGGUACAGGGGAGAGCGAGGGGGAGGGCGAGGAGGACGGUGGAAGUGUGGUGGAGAAAGGGGAUGCAGGAGAGGGGGGGGCAGAGGAGGAGGAGUGGAGAAGAGAUGGGGAUGAGGUUAGUGAGGUCAAGCUGGAGGACAGGGGGGUGCAAGGGGAGGCGGACGGAGUGGAAGGAGGGGCGGAAGGAGGGAUGGAAGGAGGGGUGGAUGGAGCAGGGGAGGAGGGAGGAGCGGAGAUGGAGAUGGAGAUGGAGCCAGAGGUGCUGCUGAUGCGGCAGGAGGGCAUCCGAGGGCCCGCGAGGAAGAGCACAGGCCGGGGCGUGGACGGGGAUGGGGAGGUGGGGGAGCUCGAGGAGGAUGAGGAGGGCGAGGGGGAGUUUGAUGAUGAGUAUGACGAUGAGGAUGAGGAGGAGUACGAAGGGGAGUAUGAGGAGGAUGAGGAGGUGUAUAGUGACGAGGAGGGCGAGUACACGGAUGAGGAAGGGGAGUAUGAGGACGAGUAUGAGGAGGAAUACGAGGGGGAGUACGACGAGGAUGAGUAUGAGGAGGAAGGUGAGUAUGAGGAUGAGGAGUACGACGAGGAAUACGCUGAGGAGGAGCUGGAGGAAGGGGAGGAGCUAGAGGGGGAUGCUGCUGCAGUUGACGGUACAGGAGCACGAGUGGGAGCGGCAGUGACCGCUGGGGGGGCGGGUAGAGGGCGGGUGGGUGGGGCAGUGAGGGCAGGAGGCGGGAGAGGCAGGGGGAGACCACCACUGCCACCGGGGGGGCUGCGACGACCCGUGGCUGGAGGGGUGGAGGGGGAAGAACUAGAGGAGGAGGAGGAGGAGGAGGAGGGGGAGUUUGAUGAUGAGUAUGACGAUGAGGAGGACUGGACCGAGGACGACGAGGACAUGGAAGACUUGGAGGACGAGGAUGCGCUAGAGGAGGAGGAGGGCGACGAGGUGGGUCCCAUGGUGCCGCGGCGCCAGAUGACGGGGCGGCGGGGGCGGUUCAGGGAGCAUGUGGAGGAGGAUGAGUACGAGGAGGACGAGUACGACGACAGAGACCUGGAUUUCCUCGAUGACUAUGAUGAGGACGGGGAGGGGGACGACGGGGGGGGGCACGAGGAGGAGGAGCGCCCCCCCGAGCUCAUGUACGUGCGCUCCCUCUCCACGCUGCGCCGCCCGGAGAUAGCGCAGGUGCAGGGCGGCGGCAUGCCGGCCGCCGCCCGGCAGGUGUACCACGAGUUCGGGCCGAUCGGCGCGGCGAGGGUGCGUGCGCAGCAGUGCCGCGACCACUGGUCGUGGCUCUUCAUGCAGUACUUGGAGACCAUGCUGCCGCGGCUAGCGGUGCAGGAUGAUGACGACAUCAUGAGCCUCACCAGCGCGGGGGACCAUAUGGACGAUGACGACAUGGCUUUCCCCAGCACCGCCAGCAGCACCGCGUUUGGCAGCAGCAGGGGCGCGGCCACCACCGUGGCAGGGGGCACCGGGGGCGCGUGGCCGGAGGGUGGGCCGGGGGUGCGGGUGCUGCGGCCGGUGGGGCGCACAAACCGCAGCUGGUCGGUGGCGGGGGCUCUGCGGGAGUUUGAGUGGGUAAAGCGCAAGUUCCGCGGCGUGGCGGACAGCAGCGAGCGCCUCAACGAGGUGCAUGUGGGGGAGGCGUUCGUGGCAGGGCUGUCGGUGUGGCUCAAAUACUGGGAGCAGUGGGGGGAGAACCGCCCCAAGUGGCAGGGCGAGGAGGAGGACGACGAGGAGGACACAGCAGCACCAGGCGGCGGGGUUGCGGGUGGUGGUGGGGCGAGCAGCAUGGGUGGGACCUCCCCCCUGCGCUUCAAUGAGUCGGCCAACAGCUCGCCCUGGCGGGACUUCCCUGGCAGCUCCUGCAGCUCGCCAUGGCGUGGGGACAGGGACGAGGGGGGUGACGGCAGGGGCAGGUACGCGCACAGCGACCUUGGGGCAGGAGGGGGAGGCGCAGGCGGGAGGCGACCCAGCAGCGUAGCGGCUGGGCUGACAGGCGCGGGAGGGGACGUGCACUCCUACGGGCCCAAGCGGUGGGGCCCUGAGGGCAGCCUCCAGUCGCGCCUCGUCGCUGAGGCGCUGGGAACGGGACAAGCGCUGCCGCCCACGUGCCAGCACGACGACAUUCUGCGUGUGGCUGGGCUGGCGGCGGCGAUCAGCAGCUGGCAGCCGUCGACGGCGUGCAUGUGCCUGCUGCGCCUGCUGGACCGAAUGGCGCAGUUCGAGCUGCUCUCCCUUGGCAUCACCAUCUCGCCCCACCGCGACGCCGCUGCGGUCGCCGCUGCCACUGCCGCCGCCUCGGGGAUCCACGGGUCCGCCCGGGGGGGGAUCACCCCCUCAGUGAGGCACCAUCUGGCGGGCAUUGGCAACGAGGGCAGCAUGCCGUCGUCCCCUGCUGGCUCACGCAGGCGGUCCGAGAGCUUUGCGGCGGGGGGGGCGCCGGAGCAGACAGGACCCAUCCCCACGUCCUUCAGUGGUCUCGGCUCCGCGUUCAGCGCCUCAGCAGCAGCGGCAGUAGCAGCAGUGCAGCCGGCGCAGCAGCAGCAGCAGGGAGGGGCAGCAGCGCAUGAGGCAGCGGCGGCUGCUCCGGCACAGCCGCAGAAGAAGUCAGGGGGCGGCCUCCUUGCGUUCACUGCCAACUUCACCCGCCCGUCCACUCCGUUCUUUGGUAUCGGCUCCUCCUCCGUUGCCGCCCUCCCCGCUCCCCCCCCUCCUGAACCCACUCCCCCACCUGCCCCCCCGUCCAAUGUGAGCUCGCCACCUGUCUCUGAGCUGCCACCAGUGCCGAGUUUCGCAGUGGGACCCAUGGGGAUGGGGAUGGGGAUGGCAGGGGCGGCGCGGGCGCCGGCGAACCUGCCUGCAUGCCGUGCGUUCGUGAUGGCAUGCCUAAGAGCCGUGCUCUCAUCACAGUACGAGAAGUCAGGCGGGGCCGCCGCCGCCAGCAGACGAGCAGCAUCGGCAGCCGCAGCAGCGGCAGCAGCGGGGGGAGGAGGCGGAGCAGGGGUCGGAGCCCUAACAGGUGCAGACGGGGAGCUUCUAUCAGUGAGGUCGGUGGGGCGCAAGCCCUGGUGCCCCAUCCGCCUGUCCAGCCUGGCAGAGGUGGCGUUAGCAGAGGGCAUAGCGCGCGCCAAGCACAGCGACCUAGUGGAGCGCUGCGAGGAGAUCGACCGUCUGUACGACUCGCUGGGGCUGGGCCCAGGCCUCCUCGCCAUGAACCUGGCGGCUGAGAUGCGCGAGCUGCACUACCUCCACCCCGGGGACCUCAUCUCCCUGGCUCUGCACUACGAGCACAUCGGGCUAGAAGAAGCGGCCUUCCACGUGUGCCUGCGCGCUGUGGCGUCAGGGCGUCUCACCACCGACGGGUUCGACCACGUGAUCCGGAUGGUGUUUCUGGGGAGCGGGGCGGAGUCCAUCAAUGCGCGCUUCGCCCGCCUGGCCACGGCUGUGAAGAACGCGCACAUAGCCAACGUGGAAGCCACGGGCGCGGGGGGCGUGCGGCCGUCGUCGUACAUAGCGGAGUUUGCAGACGCGAUGCUGAGGAACGGCGAGCUCAAGCAGCACCACCCGUGGGCGUACGAGGUGACUCUGAAUUUCCUCCGCAUGAACACACGCGGGGGCGGGCUGGGAGGGGGCAUAGGCGCCAUGGCGGCGGGCGCGGGCGAUUGGAGGGAGCGCGAGCUGUGUGCGCUGGUCACACUCAACCGCUGGCUGGGGCUGACCGCCGCAGGGGGCUUGGCGGGGGGGCUGGCAGGGGGAGGGAAGGCGCUGGAGGCGGCGCAGGAUAGGGCGGUGGAGGUGGUGGAGCAGAUGGCGCAGCCCGAGGUGACGGUGGGGUGGCCCGUGUGGCUGAGGAUUGGGAAGACGGUGGAGACGGAGCACAACCUGCCCGUGCUGCUGGAAAGCAUGCAAGUCAAGUCCAUCAUGCACACCUACGAGAGCAUAGAGGAGGACGGGACGUGCCAGGACGCGCAGCAGCUGGACGUGUUUGACUGGGGGCUGCGCGGCAUCCUGGUGAACGUGCCUGACAAGGACCCCGCGGGCGCGCUGCUGGAGGUGAUCUACCCGCUGGAGGAGGAGAAGGCCGACCUCACCCUCGCCAUGGCAGCGCGCCUUGCCGCCACGUCCUCGCCCGCCGACAGCCGCAAGUGGCCCCUCGCCAAUACCACGUCGUUUGUCGCGCAGCUGCUAGUACUCACCGAUGGAUGGGUGUUGGACCAGAGGCAGAUGUCGCGAGCCGUGAAUGUGGCGACGCGGCUGUGGGGAUGGGCCAUGCCCAAGCGCUCGCAGCUCAUGGACCAGUGCGAGACUGCUGACGAGGCACGGGAGGUGAUGGAGCGCAGUGCGGCUUCCAUCUGGCGCUCCGUCGCUGCUUCAGGAGCGCAGCCAGGGGCGUCAUAGGGUGCUUACAAGAGCAACAGCGCUCAGGUUAUCCGCACCAGGCAGAAUCCCGUCGAUGUGUGGUGUAGUGCGGCCGAGCCCGGCAGAGUCUGUAGAAGCAGAAGCCGAUGCUCUGGCUCGAAAUCACGUUAGAGAUGUUAGGUUGUGCUUGUGUGUGCGCCUGCAAAUUCUCCACCCAUGUGUAAGGCUCCGUGCUGUAGGGCUUAUGUAGAUAGCAGAAUCUCGCACAUAAAAAUGCUUUGCAAGGUGUGCUUUGGAAGGUUGUGAACGAUUGUAACAGUGUGCCACAGUUC